UGGCGGCGGCCGAGGGGCGGAGGGGGCUGGCAGGAGGGGAGGGAGCGCUGGCUUUAGAACCACAGCCGCAAAAAUUCCGAGCGGCAGAAGUUGUCUGAGUGCGUCGGUUGGAGGCUGUCUGGCCAGAUCCGGUACUCUGCGACUUUAUAUCUUUAAAUGGAUGAGAUGGCUACCACUCAGAUUUCCAAAGAUGAGCUUGAUGAACUCAAAGAGGCCUUUGCAAAAGUCGAUCUCAACAGCAAUGGAUUCAUCUGUGACUAUGAACUUCAUGAGCUUUUCAAGGAAGCUAAUAUGCCAUUACCGGGAUAUAAAGUGAGAGAAAUUAUUCAAAAACUCAUGCUGGAUGGUGACAGGAAUAAAGAUGGGAAGAUAAGUUUUGACGAAUUUGUUUAUAUUUUCCAAGAGGUAAAAAGCAGCGAUAUUGCCAAAACCUUCCGCAAAGCAAUCAAUAGGAAAGAAGGGAUCUGUGCUCUGGGAGGAACUUCAGAGCUGUCCAGUGAAGGAACGCAGCAUUCUUACUCAGAGGAAGAAAAAUAUGCUUUCGUUAACUGGAUAAACAAAGCUUUGGAAAAUGAUCCAGAUUGCCGACAUGUCAUACCAAUGAACCCAAAUACCGAUGACCUGUUCAAAGCUGUUGGUGAUGGAAUUGUGCUUUGUAAAAUGAUCAACCUUUCAGUUCCUGAUACAAUUGAUGAGAGAGCAAUCAACAAGAAGAAACUUACACCCUUCAUCAUUCAGGAAAACUUGAACUUGGCACUGAACUCUGCUUCUGCCAUUGGGUGUCACGUUGUGAAUAUUGGUGCAGAAGAUUUGCGGGCUGGGAAACCUCAUCUGGUUUUGGGACUGCUUUGGCAGAUCAUUAAGAUCGGUUUGUUUGCUGACAUUGAAUUAAGCAGGAAUGAAGCCUUGGCUGCUUUACUUCGAGACGGUGAGACCUUGGAGGAGCUUAUGAAAUUAUCUCCAGAAGAGCUUCUGCUUAGAUGGGCAAACUUUCAUUUGGAAAACUCAGGCUGGCAGAAAAUCAACAAUUUUAGUGCUGACAUCAAGGAUUCCAAAGCCUAUUUUCAUCUUCUCAAUCAAAUUGCACCAAAAGGACAAAAGGAAGGUGAACCACGGAUAGAUAUUAACAUGUCAGGUUUCAAUGAAACAGAUGAUUUGAAGAGAGCCGAGAGCAUGCUUCAACAAGCAGACAAAUUAGGUUGCAGACAGUUUGUUACCCCUGCUGAUGUCGUCAGUGGAAACCCCAAACUGAACUUAGCCUUUGUGGCUAACCUGUUUAAUAAAUACCCGGCACUAACUAAGCCAGAGAACCAGGAUAUUGACUGGACUCUAUUAGAAGGAGAAACUCGUGAAGAAAGAACCUUCCGUAACUGGAUGAACUCUCUUGGUGUUAAUCCCCAUGUAAACCAUCUCUAUGCUGACCUGCAAGAUGCCCUGGUAAUCUUACAGUUAUACGAACGAAUUAAAGUUCCUGUUGACUGGAGUAAGGUGAAUAAACCUCCAUACCCGAAACUUGGAGCCAACAUGAAAAAGCUAGAAAACUGCAACUAUGCUGUUGAAUUAGGGAAGCAUCCUGCCAAAUUCUCCCUGGUUGGCAUUGGAGGGCAAGACCUGAAUGAUGGGAACCAAACCCUGACUUUAGCUCUAGUCUGGCAGCUGAUGAGAAGAUAUACCCUCAAUGUCCUGGAAGAUCUUGGAGACGGUCAGAAAGCUAAUGAUGACAUCAUUGUAAGCUGGGUGAACAGAACAUUGAGUGAAGCUGGAAAAUCAACUUCCAUUCAGAGUUUUAAGGACAAGACGAUCAGCUCCAGUUUGGCAGUUGUGGAUUUAAUUGAUGCCAUCCAGCCAGGCUGCAUAAACUAUGACCUUGUUAAGAGCGGCAAUCUAACAGAAGAUGACAAGCACAAUAAUGCCAAGUACGCAGUGUCAAUGGCUAGAAGAAUUGGAGCCAGGGUGUACGCUCUCCCGGAAGACCUUGUGGAAGUAAAGCCCAAGAUGGUCAUGACUGUGUUUGCAUGCUUGAUGGGCAGGGGAAUGAAGAGAGUGUAAAAUAACCAAUUUGAAUAAAAACAACCUUGCUCCCAAGUGCAUGAUUAGCAGGUCAGCAAUUUCCAGGUGAAGUGCUCAUGGCUUAAGGAACCAUUGGUUAUUUAAAGGACUUUUAACAAGACUAAGCUCAUCAUGGGAGCCCUCAGGGGAAAGAGUUUUAAUAACAACUCCUCUUUCCCGUAGUCAAGGUGGAUUUGUCAUGCCCACCUGAAAUGUGCUCAUAGCCAAAUCAUUUACUCGCUCCUCCUAGAUCGCUGCCCUUGACGUUUCCCAUUGCUGUACGUAUUUCUCUCUGUUUCUGUUUCCCUCUUAGAAUGUCCACCUCCUGGGACUUGCUUAGAUGAUUGGAUAUGAAUAUUAUUAGACAAUAAUUCUGCUUUUCAUCCAGUAUGCUAGUUCUUAUUCAAGAACUGUGGUCAGAGGGUAUUUGGAUAUGAGUAUCCUUCGCUUAUCUCUCUAGUACUGAAAAUUUACAGAAGUAACUGGCUGUGUAGAAUGUAAUAGAAGCUUUUCAUAUUCGUUUAUUCUUAAAAAUCAGUAUCUUUUUACAGUAUUCUUUCUACAUGAUCCUUUUUUGUACAUUUAAGAAUAUUUUGAUUACAUUAAAUAAGACUGCUGAUUUUGCUACUUUUUUAAGGGGUCUUCAAGUAAGUAAAAAACAUACAUUAUAGGUAGAAGAAAAAUGUACCUUGAAUUUCCAUCUUCCCUCUCACACCGAAGCUGUAAACAAUUGACAUAUUUUGUCUUAAAACACUUGGUUCAAUAUAUGCUUAUUUGUUUUAAAACCUGUAUCAUCAAACUCUCUCUUUAGAUUUAAAGUGCUGUUGAAUAUGACACUUUUGAGGAGAGAGUGGGCUCAGAAUUUAGGCAGGAUACGGUAGGCCAAGUAUGCUAAGUGUAUAAUAAAUUUUCUAAUUUUACACCUAAGACAAGGAGAUGUGGUCACUAAAAAAUAAACAUAUAUGUAGGACUUAAUGUACUCUUGCUUUGUCAAGCUGUUUGCUAUAGUUUUCAAGAUCACAAUGUUACUCUAACUCUGAAAAGUGAUGUAAUCUGGUAGCAAUGUAUUAGUUCAAAUAAAGGCAUUUACAUAAUAAUUAGUCUCUUCAUGCUUCUGUCCCUUAGUAGUAUGCCAGUAAUGUUUGCCAGGUUUUUUCCUCCAAUAUUCUAACUCUUUUUCUGGUGUACUUUAUAAAAUGAUGUUUGUUAAAUUUAAGCUUUUGGAGCUGAAUUACAGGGGCUGACUGAGUUAAGGAUACGAUCAGUGGGGUAAGAUGGUUUUCUCCAACUUACCAAAAUUUCCUUAUCCAAUUUCUCCCUUUUUCUUUCUUUUCCAUCUCAUUCACUCUUUUCAAUGUUUGAUUUUAUACAGAAGAUCGAAACAGUGGGUAUCAGAACAACCAGGGAAGAGAGAUGGUUUACGUUAGGUUUUCUCAACCUCAUCACCAUAUGGACAUUUUGAGCUGGAUAAUUCUUUGUUGGAGGUGGGAGGGAGCUGUCCUGUGCAUUGCAGGGGUUUAGCUCUAUCCCUGGCCUCUACCCACAGAUGUCAGUAGCACACCCCCAGUGUGUAGAUAAAAUAUGUCUCCAGACCUGGCCAAAUGUUCCAUGGUGGGAGCAAAAUCAUCCCUAGUUGACAACCUGUUGUUCAUGGUACCAUUUCAAGGUUUUGUGUGAAUGAGUAAUAUGAAAUGUAGUCCUUUGAGGAAGUGCAUGGUGAUGAUACUAUAAAAUAUUUUGUAUUUAUAGUCUUAAGAAUAAGAAAGACCUCUCUUAGUAUGAUACAAGCCCCAGAGACAUAAAAUGAAAGAAUGAUAAAUGUGACAAUUCUGCUUUUGCAAUAAAUAAAUAAAUAUAAUAAAGUAAAAUAUAGAUGACCAAGGAAAAAAGUUUAGUCCCAUAUGUUAGUCCAUUCAUAGACUGGGUGACAUAAAUAACAGAAAUUUAUUUCUCACAGUUAGGCAGUCUGGAAGUCCAAGAUCAAGGCACUGGCAGAUUCACUGUCUGCUGAAGGCCCACUUCCUAGUUCGUAGAUGGCUGUCUUUUAGCUGUAGCCUCACAUGGUGGCAGGGGCAAGGAAGCUCUCUGGAGGCUCUUUAAUAAGGGCACUAAUCCCAUUCAUGACUCCACCCUUAUAAUUUAAGGCCCCACCUCCUAAUACACUGGGAGAUUAGGUUUCAAUAUAUGAAUUUUGGAGGAGACCCAAACAUUUGGUCUAUGGUGCCCAUAUCAUGGAUUUUCUUAAUAUAAGGACACCUUUUACGAAUAAAUAAAAGACAAGUCUUCUGCAAACAUAUGCCAGGGUAACUGAUGAGAUGGGAUGACUGUAUCUUACGACCUAUCUUCUACCUUAUUUCCAAUGCUUAUCUACAUUGUUUCCUUCCAAGUACAAAAGUUCUUCUCUGUAAGUAACUAUGUCCCAAAUGCCUUGAAAUGCCUUUGAAGCAAGAGAAAAGGCUUACUCCAUCUUGUCCUUUAUUCAAAAAAAGAGCUGGUUUCUUGGGUGGUUCACUGUACAAGGCCCACAGUCUGUAGGAAUGCACCUUUGGUCUGUUAAGUGUUCACAUAAAGCAAUUGGCCUGAACACACCAUUUCUUCUUUCCUCCAGAUAAAGGGCUAAAAUCACUAAUAUAUUCAAAGCACUAACAAAUCUAUGAAAGAGAAAGUUCCUUUAGAAAAAUGGGCAAAGGAGGUAAAUAUCCAACUUAAAACCUAUAAUUAACCAAUGAACAUAAAAAGCAAAUGCUGAUUCUCAAAAAGUAAUGAAACCAACAAAGAAUUGCCUUUUUUAGUAGACUUUCUUUUUUUUUUUUUUUUGCCACACCACACAGCUUGUGGGAUUUUAGUUCCCUGACCAGGGAUUGAACCCAUGCCCUCAGCAGUGAGAGCGUGGAGUCCUAACUACUGGACAGCCAGGGAAUUCCUGUAGACUUUAUUUUUAGAGCAAUUUUAGGUUCAUAGCGUGAGUUUAUUUCUGGGCUUUCUGUCCUGUUAAUCUAUAUUUCUGCUUUUGUGCCAGUACCAUACUGUUUUGAUUACUGUAGCUUUGUAGUAUAGUCUGAAGUCAGGGAGUGUGAAUCCUCCAGCUCUGUUCUUUCUCAAGAUUGUUUUGGCUACUCAAGGUCUUUUUUGUUUCCAUACAAAAUUUUUAAAAUUUUAUGUUCCAGUUCUGUGAAAAAUGCUGUUGGUAAUUUCAUAGGGAUUGCAUUGAAUCUAUAGACUGCCUUGGGUAGUAUAGUCAUUUUAACAAUAUUGAUUCUUCUAGUCCAAGAACACAGUAUAUCUUUCCAUCUGUUUGUGUGGUCUUCGGUUUCUUUCAUCAGCAUCUUAUAUUGUUCAGACUACAGGUCUUUUGCCACCUUAGGUAGGUUUAUUCCUAGGUAUUUUAUUCUUUUUGACAUGAUGGUAAAUGGGAUUGUUUCCUUAAUUUCUCUUUCUGAUCUUUCAUUGUUAGUGUAUAGGAAUGCAAGAGAUUUCUGUGUAUUAAUUUUGUAUCCUGCAACUUUACCGAAUUAAUUGAUGAGCUCUAGUAGUUUUCUGGUAGCAUCUUUAGGAUUUUCUUUUGUAUAGUAUCAUGUCAUCUGCAAACAGUGACAGUUUUACUUCUUCUUUUCCAAUUUGGAUUCCCUUUAUUUCUUUUUCUUCUCUGAUUGCCAUGGCUAGGACUUCCAAAGCUAUGUUGAAUAAAAGUGGUGACAAUGGAAUCCUUGCCUUGUUCCUUAGAGGGAAUGCUUUCAGCUUUUGACCACUGAGAAUGAUGAUACCUGUGGGUUUGUUACAUGCAAAGGUAUCUUUAAAGAUGUUCUUUUUAAUCCAGGAUACAAUAAAAAUUUACACAUUGCA